CUGUGCUGGGAUGAAAACGCUCUGUUGGACAAUCUGCAAUGCUACUUUGAUACGAUUGAGGCACAGAAAUCCUCGCGUAUAGUCGGAGAUGUCAUAAUAUCGGUUUCUUUGUCCUGUCCACCUACUGGGGAGCAGUUUCAAUUGGAUUUGACACCGUUCUUUGAACGGUAUAAAUCGGCACACAAAACCAAAGAUGCUACGGACACGCCACCUGAGGAACAGGAAGAGAAUAUUGCCAACGCCUAA